AUAAAAGAUACCACCUAACGUUAGUUAAUCUUCCCCAAAUAGAAAAAAAAAAUGGCUUACCAUCCAAAAAGCUUUUUGGCAGUGCUCUUGGUAUUAGCACUGAUAAUUUUCAACCAGCUGGCGAUCCAAGGAAAAAAUGAUAAGGAUCCAUCGAUUAGUGGAGAGCAACUUAGGCUUAGUGUACGUAAGAAGUUCGUGAUAAUGGAUCGUAAACCGACAAGGCCUGGUCCUAGCCCAAGCACUGGCAACAAUAGAGUCCCCAAACCCAAACCCAACCCCAAACCAAAACCGCCGACUAAUUCCCAUGGGAGAAAGCCGUCUCAAUGGAGAAAAUUGCCUAAUUCCGAAAAUUAGUCUCCUGCUGGUGGAGCUUGCAAGAUGAGCACAUGCGAUAAACUUGAAGAUUAGGAAUCUUCAAAAUAAUAAAAAGUUGAAAUGUAUCGAAAUAAUAUAUAUGUUCUGAAAAUAAAAUUAUAGCUCAAUUAACAUAUGGAUUCUCUUCUUCAUUCUUUAUUAGCUUGUUGCACUAGGUACUCU